AUGUCUGACUUAUUUGAAUUGGAAUUAGAAUACCAACAAACUCCACAAGAAGAAUUAGAAUUAUAUUCUUGUUCAUUAGAUUCAUCAUCAAGUUCUAUAUUUGAAUUAGAAGAAGUAUCAACUCCUUUAUUAUAUGAAUCAAAAAUACCAUCAAGACAAAACUCUUUAAUACCUGAAGAUUCAAUUGAUCAAUUUCAAUUAGAUAUUUCAUCAUCAAAUUAUAUCCCAAAAACUAUUCCUGAAUUACAACAACAAGAUUCAAAAUCAACAAUCCCAAAAACAAUAAUAUCAUCAUUAGAAUCUCAAGAAUCAAAUGAUUUAUCUGAUAUAAUUAAAAAAGGUUCCAUUUCUAUACAAAACAAUUAUAAAAGAUGGUUAUCAACUCAUCAUUGA